AUGAGCGCCUUAGAAGUACUCAUGGAGGAGGACGUUCUCAGUGACGUCGUCCCCAGUAACAUAGUAUCGCGCCAGGAGAGCGAAGGUGUAGAAAGUGAGUAUGAGGAGCUCACGAGCGAGAUAGAAGUAGACGAGCUGCGCAGUGAUCAGGAGGAUGAAAGCAGUAAGGCGGACAAGGGACAGCCUUCACCUUCCAAGCUGGCAAAAAUGCAGGCAACUGCGGCACGUCAGCAGAAGAAGGAAACCCGGAAGGCUGCCGAGGGCAAAUUACAAGUGAAGAGAGAAGAGAUGGACAAAGCCAAAAUCACCGACGCCGUCAAGCGAUACUCGUAUUUGCUUGGUCAAACAGAGUUGUUCAAGCAUUUCGUGGAUAUCAAGAAAGCCCGUGAUCCUCAGUACGCCGCGAUGCUCGACGCCCAGCCGAAGCCCAAGGGUAGGGGACGCAAAAAGGCUGUGGACAAUAGUGCUCGUCAUCGCAAGUCAGAAAAGGAGGAGGACGAGGAGUUGUUGAAGGAUGGCGAGCUUGCAGCGGAGGGGGACGAUCAACCUUUUGUCUUCGAAGAAUCACCGAGCUUCAUUCACGGCGAAAUGAGGUCGUACCAGUUGCAAGGGCUGAACUGGAUGGUUUCAUUGCACCAUAACGGGCUGAAUGGCAUAUUGGCUGACGAAAUGGGUUUGGGCAAAACACUCCAAACUAUCUCCUUCCUCUCGUAUUUGAAGCAUUACAAACAUAUUCCUGGGCUCCAUCUCAUUGUGGUUCCAAAGUCAACGCUGCAGAAUUGGUCCCGCGAGUUCGCAAGAUGGACGCCGGACGUCAAUACCGUCGUACUGACAGGUACCAAGGAUGAGCGUGCAGAGCUCAUUGCGAACCGGCUGAUCCCCCAGGACUUCGAUGUCCUCAUCACCUCCUAUGAAAUAUGUCUCAUCGAGAAGUCGGCACUCAAGAAAUUCUCGUUUGAGUACAUCAUCAUUGAUGAGGCUCAUCGCAUCAAAAAUGUCGACUCUAUCCUAUCGCAGAUUGUCCGGUCAUUCAUAUCCCGUGGUCGCUUGUUAAUUACCGGUACACCACUGCAGAACAAUAUGAAGGAGCUGUUUGCGCUUCUCAAUUUCAUCUGUCCAGAAAUCUUUUCGGACUAUGCUGACCUGGAGAGCUUCCUCCACAAGGACUCUGCAGAGGCAGACAAUGAUGAUGAGAAGAGCAAAAAAGUGGUCGAGGCAUUGCACAAGAUAUUGCGUCCUUUCCUGUUGAGACGAGUUAAGAGUGACGUGGAGAAGAACUUGCUUCCCAAGCAGGAGAUCAACAUCUACGUCGGUCUUACAGAGAUGCAGCGCAAAUGGUACCGCUCUGUCUUGGAGAAGGACAUUGACGCUGUCAACGGCUUGACCGGGAAAAAGGAAGGCAAAACGCGGUUGAUGAACAUGGUCAUGCAGCUUCGUAAAGUGACUUGUCAUCCUUACCUCUUCGAUGGCGCAGAACCUGGUCCUCCGUAUACCACUGACGAGCAUCUCAUCAAUAACUGCGGCAAGAUGGUUAUCCUUGAUAAACUCCUGAACUCUAUGAAAGCGAAGGGUUCCCGCGUUCUGAUUUUCAGCCAGAUGAGCCGCAUGCUUGAUAUAUUGGAAGAUUAUUGUCUGUUCCGAGGGUACAAGUAUUGCCGUAUUGACGGUGGAACCGCUCAUGAGGACCGGAUCGUUGCUAUCGACGAGUACAACAAACCGGACAGCGAGAAGUUCAUUUUCCUCCUGACGACUCGCGCUGGAGGUCUCGGUAUCAACUUGACUACAGCAGACAUUGUCGUAUUGUACGAUAGUGACUGGAAUCCACAAGCCGACUUGCAGGCUAUGGACCGUGCUCACCGCAUCGGCCAGAUGAAGCAGGUCUACGUCUUCCGCUUCAUCACGGAGGGCAGUGUGGAGGAGCGCAUGUUGGAGCGUGCUGCACAGAAGCUGCGUCUGGACCAGCUGGUCAUUCAGCAAGGACGGACACAGAACACCAAAGCGGCUAACAAGGAAGAACUGUUGGAAAUGAUCUCACACGGCGCCGAGAAUAUCGUGAACGCGACAGAAGACAGCCUGCUCAUCAACGACGACAUCGACGCCAUCAUUCAACGCGGCGAAGAGCGGACUAACGAGCUAAACAGCAAGUAUGAGGGGCUCACCUUCGAAGAUCUGAGCAACUUCAAGUCCGAGGCGUCUGUGCAGCAGUGGGAGGGCGAAGAUUUCCGGACAGGCCAACGAAAAAUAUUGCAGUUUAACCCGCUGGCUUUGUCCAAGCGCGAGCGGAAGCUCAAUUACUCCGUCGAUAGCUACUUCAAGGAGACAAUGCGUGCGGGCCCCUCCAAGACGGAGAAGGCGCCGAAGGUCCCUCGUGCGCCGAAGCAGAUCCAACUGCAAGACUUCCAGUUCUUCCCUCCGCUUCUUGCGGAGCUUCAAGAGCAAGAACUUGCUGCACACAAGAAACUCAAUGAGAUCCCUGCCACUCUUCGAGAACCAGCAGGACCGGAAGAUACACCGGAAAAGCUUGAAGAGGAGCGGCAGGCUGCGCAAGAUUUCAUCGACAGUGCUGAACCUCUCACCGAGGAGCAGAUGCAGAAAAAGGAAGCCCUUAUAACCCAAGGCUUCGAGGAUUGGAGCAGGCGAGACUUCCAGCAGUUCAUACGCGCACUUGAGACUUAUGGAUGGACGGACGACUAUGACCUGCUCGCUUCCGAAAUUCAGGACAAGACAGGUGAUGAUGUUGCUCGAUAUUACCCCGUCUUUCGGAAGAAGUGGAAGGAGCUCGUAGAAUAUCCGCGUAUCAAGGCUCGUAUAGAGGAAGGCGAAGCGAAGCGCAACAAGCGAUCCAACCUUGAGGCACUACUUGCGAAGAAGAUUGCUUCCGUACGAUACCCCAUGCAAGAGCUGGAACUCAACUAUCCUACGACUAAAGGCAAGGUGUAUUCAGAGGAAGAGGACCGGUAUCUUUUGUGUCGGCUAAACCACUACGGGAUGCGUGCCGAGGACGUUUACGAGAGAAUCAAGAAGGAUAUCACUGAGUUCCCCGUCUUCCGCUUUGACUGGUUCUUCAAGAGUCGGAGUCCGCAGGAGUUACAGAGGAGGUGUAACACGCUCCUGGGUAUGAUCGAAAAGGAGGCGGAGACGAAGCAGGCCGAGGAGGUCAAGACGAAAGCCCCGACAAAGGGCAAGAAGCGGAGCAUUGAAGAGGUGCAGAAGGCAGAUAAAGCUUCACGGUCAUCGACGCCGACCAGCACCACGAUUGCCGCUGCGCCAGCCAAGCGCCCGUACAAGAGGAAGAAGACGUAG